CACACUAUCCAAAUGAAAGAGGAAUGAAUGGUUGUCCAUCUCCGAAACUUUGAGAGAGCAGCAUCUCCACUUUCUAUUGCAAAUCAAACCCCUCCAAAAUUACAAACUCAAGAACAAGGAUAACUAGAGAGAAACUAAAACUCAUCAGACUGCAUCACGUUUCUCAUCCUAGUGGCCUCAGAAUCUCUCUGAUAGGAUUUAAUUAAACGGUAGGGGAUUCAGUAGCCAUGGCCUCAUCCUCCUCCACACUUUCCAUCUCCUCCUCAUCCACUCUAGUUGACGCCAAGGCUCCUCGCCAUUCGGCUGCCUCAUCACCACAAUGUGUGACCCUCCCUACGCUUCCUCCACCACCGGUUCAGUCUCAAAACCGUGCAGGGAAGACUACUGCCUAUUGUCGUAAGAUUGCACGCAAUGUCAUGGCAAUGGCGACAGGGGAAGCACCGGCAGAAGUUGCAACAACUGAGCUGCCAGAGAUUGUGAAGACAGUUCAAGAAGCUUGGGAGAAAGUGGAAGAUAAAUAUGCAGUGUCUUCACUUGUAGUAGCUGGUGCUGUUGCAGUAUGGGCCUCCAGUGGAAUGAUCUCGGCAAUUGAUAGGCUUCCUUUAGUCCCUGGUGUUCUUGAGCUUGUAGGAAUUGGCUACACUGGGUGGUUUGCAUACAAGAACCUUGUUUUCAAACCAGACAGAGAAGCUUUGACACUGAAGAUUAAAGCGACAUACAAAGAUAUAAUCGGCAGCAGCUAGAACAAACAGAAAAGUAAUGCUGCUGAGGUGAGAUGAAUUGGUGGCCGGUUUUUGAAGCUUUAUCUACAUACGUAAAUAUUUCGCAGCAUUGUCCGUAAAGAUGUGAACAUUCUUCAUGUUGUUUGCAUAAGCAUAUUCUGACCAAAGUUAUAACUUAAUGUCAAGUAUGCAAUUUGUCUGCGAGAUACAUGUAACUAGUACUACUAUAAUUUGUUUCCCUGUUAGCUCCUUGUACUUCAUAUCGCGAUGCUUCUGAUCUUUUAUUGUAGAAAGAAAUGAUAAAAGUACACCAAGUACAAUAAUCUGCAGAAUAUGCAGUUCUGAUCAA